UAAUAGGCGGGAAAAAUGGUGAAGUAUACUUCAAUGACGUCACAUAUUGCAGUGCUCACAGGGUAUAUUGGAACACGCCGCGGGUUACCUCCGAAUACUGGCGUACAGAUUCCAAUAUGGAUAGAGUUCAGUGGACCGAUGAAUUUAGGUGGCGCAUCUAUGUCAGUAUUACUUCAUGACUUGUUUGUGCAGCCACAAAAAAAUAUGGCGACGUGGGAAAGUGGAAAAUUUAACGCUGAUGGAAACGAUGUCGGAAUUGACGGAAAUUUUGAUAAUAUCCUCGUGACACACGAUUUACAGGACUGUCUGGAUGACAGUCUCGACCUUUCCAGUUUUGGAAUAGUAUACGAGCAAACGCAAACUGUCAGUAAUGGAAAGUUCGACGAGGAAGACUCGCUCUACACCGAAAGGCUUACCGAUGACAGUACGGGGUAUAUUCAUCACACUAUCAGCCCCAAUGAGAUUUACAUGAGAAUUCAUCCAGGGCAAAAUGACUCCAUGCCAGAUGAUCCUUCACAUGCCACCAUCACAAUAGAAAGUACAGAUCCGGAUACAAAUCAAAAACAUAUUAGUCGUUAUACUUGCGAGUACGAUGGCUGUUCACGUACCUACAGCACCGUUGGGAAUCUGCGAACGCAUAUGAAGACUCAUAAAGGAUUAAGAUUUGGGGUAAGCGAGUAUCGGUUUAAGUGCGCGGAGCCAAGUUGCGGCAAGGCCUUUCUUACGUCAUACAGCCUAAAGAUCCACAUUAGGGUACAUACGAAAGUAAAACCGUUUGAAUGCAAUCACAGCGGCUGCGAGAAGGCAUUCAAUACCCUUUACAGACUGAGAGCUCACCAAAGACUUCAUAGUGGAAAUACAUUCAAUUGCGAGGAAACCGGAUGUGUCAAAUUCUUCACGACAUUGAGUGACCUCAAGAAGCACGUUCGCACUCACACACAGGAACGACCGUACAAAUGCAGAGAAAAGGGCUGCGGCAAAGCAUUCACAGCGUCGCAUCACUUGAAAACGCACAAGAGGACACACACGGGUGAGCGUCCUUAUAUGUGCACUUAUAAUUACUGCAAGAGAUCCUUCACAACACCACACAGUCUGAAAAGUCACUUAAAAACUCACAGAAAGGUUGCGAACGAUAAAGAGUUGCAAUCACAGAAAGACGAGUCUCAAGGCGUGACAACAGAUGACAAGAAUAAUCCUAUUCAACCGGAAGCCAAGGUCGCCAUUAAGGAAGUGAACGUCAGCGACAGUUCUGUGCCAUCUUACGCCAUCAUACCGCUUAACUCUAACGACACGGAUAACAAUGAGAAUAUAACGUAUAUUUCCGCACAGAGUACAGAAGAUCUUAACGUUCCUAGCGAUUCUAUAUUAAAUAUUUUGAAUCAGAGUGCCAAUAAUUUUAACGGAGAGGUUAAUUAUACCGGGAGUAAUGUACAGCAAGAGAUGAAUAAUUCCAAAAUUACGGGUCACGAAUUUGAUUCUAGUGGAAACAAUGAGAUUGCGCUUUUAGCCACGAACAACAUUAUUAUUAAUAAUUUUCCAAAGCAGACUAUCACUACUUUGAAUAAUAAUGUGAAUUAUAAGUUCGAUAACUUAUCAAAUUCGAAUGGCAGCCAAAAUAAUUUAUUAAACGAUACGACAGCUCCUAGUUGUCAGAGCGAUGUGUCAAUUAAGGACGUCGAGGGAUGCACUUUGAAUUUGCAACAGAAGAUUAUGCAAAAUGGUCUGCAGAAUACAAUCGCACAGAUAUCUAAUUCUAAGAAUUUCACAGAGAAUUCGAAAGAGUACAAAGCUCAAGCGGCAGCAUCGGAUCAAGGUGGAUUCACAAAUGCUAUUGAUGGCGCGUUAUCAAUUAGUUCAGAUAGCACAACGUUUUACAAUGUUAGUUCAAUUUCUAGUCACGUUGCAAGUAUGGUUAAUCAUAACAACGAUACCAAUUUAUUCGCCAGUGAUAUCGAAUCAUUGGGAUUUGUCGAUGACACGAAUAUUCAGGAUAUUCAAGCAACAGAAUCCACAACCACCGUUACCGAUAGCAUGUCCUCCAAAAUAAUAAAUAAUUGUCAAUCGGAAGCAGUGGAACUGGCUAUGGCUUCUGAAGAAGAAUUACCCGCACCUUGGAUAGACGUAAUGGCGUUGGCUACAGCGCCUGCGUUAAGAACUCAAUCCUGGUCAGAACUGAAUGCCUUUCCCACGGCUGUACACUCGCUGGUCGAUUUAGUCGGUCCUGAGCCUUAUCCACUGGAUUUGAAAAGUCAAUUACAAAACACACCGACUCUAGAAAGCGCCAAUACCAUUGAUACAGAGAGUGGUAAAGUCAAUGUCGAGAUAGUCAUGAAUUGUUUGGACAAUGUGGAGAGCAGUCCGAAAACUGAAAAUCCAAAGAGUCGAAAGAGUCGAAAUGUCUUGCAAGAGAUCACAGCGGAUGCUGAUAUUUGCAAGUGUAUUGACUGCAAGUGCGAUGACUUGUCGAAUUGUCAAAGUUGUACGAGCGCACCGCCCACCACAAUAGAGCACGCUAAGAAAAAGGAUAUUCAAAUUGAAAAUGCGAAUGAUCUCGUGUCUUGUUUGCAGAGCGGGUGUUCGUGCGAAAGUGGAUCUGCCGGAUGUGGUUCUUGCUGUGUUGUUAUAUGCUUGAAGACUUUACAACAAUUACAACGAGUUUUCAGUCGUAAUUGUUGUAAGGAUAGCACCGCUGGUGGCUGUUGUAGAGGAAAAUCUUCCGAGCGUCACAGUAUGUUACCAAUAGCUUUGAUUAAAAGUCAAUUAGCUAAUAAUCAAUGAAGUGAAGUUGAAAUAUCGCGUCAAAUGACUAGUCAUAGCAAACGAAGAUAAAAUUAAAAUAAAAAGCGAAAAUCAUUGUUACGCGAUUAUUAUAUUAGAGAGGUAUUCUAUAGACGUUUUGUUUCUUGUUGAAAUUUGCGGAUUUUUAUCAACAGGCCGUUCGCAUUGUCCGCUAGCGUGUAGCGGAUACGUGAUUGGUCAGGCAUAUUCGAUAUUAACGUUAAGUUAAUUAUAGAGAAUAUACGACUGUAUUAUAAUAGCUAUGCAAUAAUCUAGAAUUUUACCGAAAUGAUAUAAUCAAUUUAGAUUCUCUUGAUUAAUUAAAAAAAUUCGGAGGAGUAAUUGAAAAAAAAAAUAUCUAUUACUAAUACAAGGAACAUAAAGUUUUAAUUACAAAUCUGCCAAUAUGUGACCUUAAAAUUACAUACAGAGUAUCUGUGUUUUAUAUGUCUUUCCAUAGUAUCGUUAACCUUUUAGCUACUGAACACCACUAUAAUGGACUUCGUGGAUAUAAAAAAUAAUAUGAAAAAUUUUGUAGUAUAAAAAAAUAAAAAAUAAAUUAUAAUUUAUUCAUUAAUAACUCUAUUCCGAUAUAAUGUCAUAGUGCAAAGCGUUUUGCUACUGUAUAGAGAUAAUAAAGUGUUGCAGAAAGUCCAGCCGUAGCUAAAAGGUUAACAAUGGUGAAUGACAUGGAUUUUCAAGUAGGCACAGAUUGGCGCGACAAAGCCUGUAGGUAUUUUCCUUAUUAUUAUUUAUGGUAUAUAAAAGCUAGUGAAUAUUUUUUCUUCUUUUGCGUUAUAAAAAGAAAUUCUAAACUGGGAAUUUAAACUUCGGUACCAAUGACUUUUUUUUCAUUCAAUUUUUAGAACCUAACGAUGGAUUUCUACUAAGUGUAAUUGGUAAUUCCCUGACGCAUUAUACUUUAUUUAGAUUUACAAGAAAUUGCAUUUGAUAUACAGUACGAAUUUAUGUUUCAAUUGAGCAAGAGUUAUUCGUUUCAUGUCUCACAAAGCUUGGGACGAUUAAUGAAUUCAGAGAGAAAAUAAUAAAAAAGUUGAAGAAUGCGAUAGAGUGCAAUAUCAGACGCCAUUCCUGAGAUACUUGAAUUAUUUUUAUUUUUUUUGUUCCCCUGCAAAGUAUAAAAACGUGUAAGGAUAUACUUUUAAGUAUAUUUUAAUUUAUGUUGGAUAUUUCUUUUUCUUUCAUUAUAUUAAGUGGUGAAUCAUUGUCGUAGGCGAUUUUGUGUCUCGUGUACAAAAUAUCCAAAGUUUGAUUUUUCCAGAGCACAGAAAAACUAUGCGAAAAGCUUAAAUCCAUCCUGAGCACCUGUUUUACAAGUGAUAGUUCAGUGUGCAAUGGCUUAAAGAUGGAGUCCUAAGCACACGUCAUACCAAAUGAUUUAAGCUAAAAUAUAAUUAAAGUUAUCACGGUGUAUUUAUUAAUUAACUUUUGUUACAUUUUUAUGUUAAACAUGUGAAAAUUGGAUUGGGUGUGCCAAAUUAUUUUUUAAAUUUGUAUGGGCUGGUAUGCGAAGCCGCGCCAUUCCUUUGUUUUUGUUUUUUUUACAAACAGUAUGCUUUUUAUGCUAUUCGUUUAGAAGAAUUGUAUAGUAAGGUGCGUUCAUAUUUUAGCCGUAACUCCAGAGAAUAAUGAGUGCCUUAAUUGAGGUAUCUAUUAUGGAAUUUUUCAGGAAUUUGUUAUUUCAAUAAUAAUUAGUUUUAUGGCGAAAAAAAAGUCUUAACAAUUUCAGUGUGUAAUUUUUGACGGCUGUUACUAUGUACUUUUUAAAGCAUACUCGUUUAAAAAGAAAUUUAAUCUUGGUGUACCUAAUAACAUGUAGGACGCAUAUUAUGUUUUCAAAGUAUAUGACCUAACUAAUACGCAAUAAAAUGUUUGCAGAAAUGUCUGUACACUGCCAUUUA